AUGGAUUCUUUAAGGACAUUCAGCAUUGCUCUUCUUGUUCUUGCUAUGCAACAUAUGUUCUUCUGUCUCAUUCAAACAAGCAAUGUUUACAUUGUGUAUAUGGGUGCUGUAGUUCUUGAUAAUCCCCAACUUACUGAGGACUCACACUAUAAGAUCCUCAUAAAAUUGCUUGGAAGCAAAGAAGAAGCCAUGAAAUCAAUGUUAUAUAGCUACAAGAAUGGGUUUUCAGGAUUUGCCGCAAUGUUAUCUGAGUCUCAAGCCAACAAUAUUUCAGGUUUUCCUCAAGUUCUUGAUGUAUUUUCGAGUAGAAAUUUUUCUAUCCACACAACUAGAAGUUGGGAUUUUUUACAAGUAAAAUCCCAAGUAGCGAAUGGAAUACUUAAUAAGAGUCAUAAUGGAAGCGGGUCAAUUAUUGGCAUGCUUGAUACUGGAAUAUGGCCUGAAUCUGAAAGUUUCAAUGAUGAGGACAUGGGACCGGUCCCAUCCCAUUGGAAAGGGAUAUGUCAAGAAGGCGAAAAAUUCAAUCUUUCCAAUUGUAAUAGAAAAAUUAUUGGCGCACGUUGGUACGUUAAAGGAUACGAAGCACAAUAUGGAAACGUGAAUUCAAGUGAUUGGGAUGAUCUUUUAUCUCCACGAGACCAAAAUGGGCAUGGCACUCAUGUAGCCUCUACUGCAGCAGGGGCUUUCGUACAAAAUGCAAGUUUUCUGGGACUUGCUCAAGGAUGGGCAAGAGGAGGUGCCCCGUCAGCGUGCCUAGCUAUUUAUAAAAUUUGCUGGAGCCCUGAUGGCCAUUGCACUGAAGCUGAUAUUAUUGCUGCUCUUGAUGAUGCUAUUUAUGAUGGAGUGGAUGUUAUUUCAGCAUCUAUUGGAUCAACAGUCCCACUUGCACCUUAUUUUGCGGAUGCUCUCUCUAUUGGCUCCUUUCACGCUGCAGCAAAAGGAAUUUCUGUAGUUUGCUCUGCUGGGAACGAAGGCCCUUCCCCUCAAACAGUUGAGCAUGCUGCUCCAUGGCUCAUCACUGUUGCUGCUAGCACCAUUGAUAGAUCUUUCCCCACUCCCAUCACACUUGGGAACAACCAAACGUUCGUGGUACUUUUACUCCUGGAACCAUUUUUUCAGUUCAUCCCGCAACUUGUGAUUGGCCAAGCUUUAAAUACAAGGGAAAAUGUGACCAACUUGUAUCCUUUUUGGUAUGGAGCAAAUCUUGCAUCAAUUGGCGCAAGUUAUGAUGACGCCAAAAGCUGUCAAAUUGGCUCUUUGAAUGCCACGCGAACAAGAGGAAAGGUCGUUCUCUGUUUUCAAACUCAAUCUCAAAGCUCAGUGGACAUUGCAGAGUUUACUGUAUUUAAAGCUGGGGGAGUCGGUCUCAUCUUUGCCCAAGCACCCACAAAAGAAAUUGUACCAUCUUAUUGGUUUCCAACUGUUCAAGUGGACAACACAAUAGGAACAUCUCUUUGGUUAUACUGGGCGGCAAGCAGCUAUCCUAUGGUCAAGAUUAGUCCUACAACGACAACAAUAGGGAAACAAAUUGCCCCUGAAGUAGCAAGCUUCUCUUCACGAGGACCUAAUUCUCUUUCCCCUGCUGUGUUGAAGCCUGACAUUGCAGCACCGGGAGUUAACAUAUUGGCUGCUUGGCCACCUCCUUCCUUUCCCUAUACAAACUUUAACGUUCUAUCCGGAACUUCUAUGGCUUGUCCUCAUAUAUCAGCCGUUGUUGCUCUUAUUAAAUCUAUUUAUCCCACUUGGAGCCCUGCUGCCAUCAAAUCUGCACUUGUCACAACAGCUUCCAUAAAGGAUGCAUAUGGUCAACACAUUGUCGCUGAAGGACUUCCAAGUAAGCGGGCCGAUCCAUUUGACUUUGGAGGUGGUGUUGUCAAUCCUAAUAAAGCCAUAGAUCCUGGUCUUGUGUUUGACAUGGAAACUUCUGACUAUGUGAAUUUUCUCUGCUCCAUGGGCUAUGAUGAAAGUGUUAUCAAUAAAAUGACUAGGAUGCACAUCCAAUGCAAUGGAACAACUAAUUUUCCUGAAAAUCUCAAUUUGCCCUCUAUUUCCGUUCCCGAACUAAAGAGUUGCUUAACCAUAUCAAGGACAGCUACAAAUGUUGGUCCAGAAAAUUCUUGGUACAUUUCAUUUAUCGAAGCUCCCCCAGGAAUAAGUUUGAUGGUUGAACCGCCCAUUUUGUUCUUCAACGGCGCUUUAAAGAACAUCAAUUUUAAGAUCACAUUAUGCUCCCAACUAAGAGUUCAAGGACGAUACUCAUUUGGAUAUAUAUAUUGGACUAAUCCCAAUCAUUUAGUGAAAAUGCCAAUAACCGUUCGUCCAAUAAUAGAAGAAUUUUACGCAGAUGCAUGAUGGAAAGGCUAAGCUUGGCAGCAUUUCUUUACCAAUCAUGAUUGCUAUUAAUGUUCAACUUCUUGUUUACUACUUCAUUAGUACUGUGAUCAAACUUGUUUGUUACUAAAGUGGUUGAUUUUCUUAUUGUUUGUGUUUCAACCUAGUAUAUCACUAAAAUGGCUUUAA